AUGGCUUCGUUCGAGCACGACGCCAUGCUCACGGCGGCCUUCGAUCAUGACGCGAUGGCAGCCACCUCGGGCUUCAUCCACAACAAUGGUCCGGCUGGACACGGGCUUCAUCGCGACGACAUCGCCAACGCCGUCUUUGACCAUGACGAUGCUCUGGAUGGAAAGGGCUUCCACCACGACUACAUCACAGGCGUCGGCUCCAGCCACAAUGGCGCUCUGACCGGAGAGGGCCUGCAUCACGCCGACGUCGCCGAUGCGAGCUUAGACCACAAUGGCGCUCUAACUGGAGAAAACGCUGCAGAGAAUUUGGAGGUGAACAAUCAAAGUGCAUCCUCAGAAAAUGUACCAACAGUGGGAAUGUGCUUUGCAUCUGAAAAAGAGGCUCACAACUUCUAUAAUUCUUAUGCUAAAAAGAUUGGAUUCAGCAUCCGAUGGUGCCAUAGGAAAUAA